AUGAAAUUCGAAGUGCUUGGAAUUAUCGUCGUUUGCAUGAAAGUUGCAUUUAUUAAUGCAACGCCGCCAAAAUAUGACAGCAGAUGCUUUGGACAAUCUGAUGGUUAUAUGUACACAAAUCCCGCGAAUUGUGCCGAAUAUUAUCAAUGCGAUGCAGGAAGAUCAGUUUUGAGAAAAUGUCCUCCAAAUUUAUAUUUUGAUCAGCCACGACAAUAUUGCAAUUAUGCGCAUGAAGUUAAGUGUAACGGAGCUCCAGCUGAACCUGACUGUGAAAUAGCAAACAACGGAGAUAUUUUUCCAAAUCCCAAUGAUUGCACAACCUUUUACGUUUGCAAUUGGAACAAACCUGUGCUCAUAAAAUGCGAUCCAGGCUUAAACUUUGAUCCAACAGUGAAUAAUUGCAACUGGGCUGACUUAUACAAAUGCCCAGAAGCAGCACUUAGACCUUAA